AGAAAGGGAGAAGAAGAGACCCCACCUACAUCUCGUUUCAUAUUCUCUUCUUCUUCAUGGUUUGAAAACAAAACCCUUGUUUCUCUUUCCCUUAAAACCAGUAACCGCAUUCUCUAGUCAAAAGGGCCCUUAUAUUUUUGUGCAAACCCUUCUCUUUUAUUUUUAUUUGUUUUUGGUUGAAGUUUUGAAGUUGAUCUUGGCUGGUUUCUUCUCAACGUUUCUUUGCUUACCCAAAAACCAAACAAAGGAGGAAUCUUUCUGGUCUUGUCCCACAAAAAGGAAAAAAGAAAACUGGGUUUUGGUUGGUUGUUCUUGUUUUUUGCUUUUAGCUUUAGAGAGUAAGGUCUCUACUUUUGUGUAACCAUGACUUGUUCAUUGAAGAAUGGUUUUAGCUUUUCUGGGUUGGUGUUGGAUGAGAUUACCUCUAACUCAAAAGGUAAAGGGGUUUCUGGGUUUUCUUCUUCUGUUGCUAUUCAACAAUCUAGAGAAGCAAGUUCAAGAGUUUAUCCUGUUUUGGGUUCUGGUUUCAUCGGAAAAUCCGUAUCUGUCUCUACUCAAAAGGAUUCAAGAGAUUGGAGGGUCAACUCACCUACCCAGUUAUCUGUUCAUGCACAAGCAUCAAUCUGUGUAAGCCGGGCUAUGAGAUGGUGGGAAAAGGCCCUUAAGCCUAACAUGGUUGAGAUCCAUUCGGCUCAACAACUUGUUGAUUCCUUGGCUAGUGCUGAUGAUAGAUUGGUUAUUGUAGACUUUUACUCACCUGGUUGUGGAGGUUGCAGAGUUCUUCAUCCUAAGAUCUGUCAGCUUGCUGAGUUGAAUCCAAAUGCAAUCAUUCUUAAGGUCAACUACGAAGAGCUCAAACCUAUGUGUCAUGCCCUCCAUAUUCAUGUUCUACCAUUCUUUAGAUUCUACAGAGGAGCAGAAGGUCGUGUGUGUAGCUUCAGCUGCACCAAUGCAACGAUUAAGAAAUUCAAAAAUGCAUUGACAAAGCAUGGAAGUGAUCGUUGUAGCCUUGGCCCAGCAAAAGGGUUAGAUGAAAGUGAGCUUUUGAAAUUGGCUUCCAUUGGAGAAAUAACAAUAAACUCGCCAUUACCGUCUACCAUCAUGAAAGAAAGAAUGGAGGAUUUGGUAAUGGGAAACAUUGACUUUUCUAAUGUUUGGAGCAAUGCAGAGAAUAAGAAGGAAGAGUUCGUAGUAUAGCUUUCAUUAAAUUUGCACUAGGCUUGUUAUUGGAAAUUGGUAAUGGAGUAAAGAUGCUCCAUUAUCACUAAUAUUUUUAUCUUACUACUAUUAUUAGUAUUAUUUUGCAUUUUUUUUCCAUGUAUAUAUUUAUUCUUGGGAUUUCCUUAAGCAGGUCAUCUGGUUUUUUUAGAUGCGUUCUGCAAAUUUGCUUGUCAUUGAUCUGAUUGAUUUUUUUUUUAAUACAGAUCCAAUUUUUGUUA